AUGUCACGUGCUAAAUCGCGCAUACAGACGGAUGUGUGUGGGGACUGUGGAAGUGCGGAUCCGUCCUGGGCAUCGAUCAACCGUGGCAUACUGCUCUGUGCUGACUGCUGUUCGAUCCACCGCAGCCUAGGAAGACACAUAUCCCAGGUGAAAUCUCUGCGGCAGGGUAGUUGGCAACCGUCCGUGUUGAACUUUGUCAACCAGCUUAAUGCACACGGUGCCAAUAGUGUAUGGGAACAUUUGCUGCUCGAUUCGGCAGCACCGAAGAAUCUGAAGCGUAAACCCACUCCCAAGGAUGCAGUCCAUCCAACCAAGGCAGACUUUAUCCGCGCAAAGCACGUCCAGCUGGCAUACGUGCUGAAGCCUACAUUUCAGGCAGAAGAAGGAAGCAGCUUGGAGCUGGAACUAAGCAAACAGCUGCACGCCAGUGUGCGGGCCGGAAACUUGGAAACUUCCCUGCGCUUACUUGUCCAGGGAGCGGAUCCUAAUUUCUAUCACGAAGAUAAAGGUUCUACGCCGCUGCAUGUGGCGGUAAAGUCGGGCCAACUGUCCCAGAUCGAAUUGUUGCUCGUGUACGGUGCCGAUGUGAAUGCACUAGAUGCGCAAGGAAAUACUCCGCUUGAGUUGGCCAGACAGGCGAAACAUAGUGUCAUCGCGGAACGUUUGCUUGAAGUCAUGUACGAGGUGACCGACCGGUUGACAUUCUUUCUAAUUGGCAAAAAACCAAACCAUGCGUCUGGACAACAUCUACUAAUCCCUGGCCAGUCAAAAAAGGAAAUGAGCGAACAGCUGAAGAUUGCUCGCGGAAAGUUACAGCUUGUCCCGAACCGAAUGUUUGAAGAGCUGGUGAUGGAUUUGUACGAUGAGGUGGAUCGCCGCGAGACAGAAGCAAUUUGGGCUACAAGCGCCCUAAAUCCGGACUCCGGUGCCGUACCGUUUCUUCCUACCAAUCCUCAUCUUAGUGCCACAAGAAAUCAGGGACGUCAAAAGUUGGCACGCUUCAGUCAGCAAGAGUUCGCCGGAUUGCUAAUGGACGUACUGCUCGAUGCCCACCGGCGUCAGAAUAUGGCCAAUCUGCGUCCCAUUGAUGGACCGCUGCCAGUUGGGUUGGCACAGCUAAAGGCGGCCGCCCUGGUUCCCGGCGGCGCCGGUGGUGGAAUCCGCGAUUCAAAUCUCUCUGACGACGAGCCUCUAUACGAUGCGGUUGCGUCCGACGAUGAUUAUGCUGCGUUGGCGCCCGUAGCGCAACAGGCACUGGUAAACAAAUCCUCCCCGGCGGCCGUUUCCAACGUGGAGGUGGAAACGUUACGCCAACGAAUACAGGACCAAGAGCUGACUAUACACGAGCUGCGCAGCAUGAUACAAAAGCUGGCCUCGGAAAAUAAUCAGCUAAAAUCGACGAUUGACACGAAGGACCAUGAGGUGCAACUCCGGAUUGAUUCCCAUCUAAAUGGAUCCGGUGCGAGCGAAGGUUCACCGGAACGGGAUCUCACCACACAGGAGGCAAAACAGGCAGCUGCAGCGGCCGCUGCAUACGCGAAACGUCCUGUCAGUAUGUACGAAACGCGACAAACGCCCCGUGAUGAAAGUCGACCACCGAUUACGCAGAGCCUCUACUCAAUGGCACCCGCGUCUGCGGCAGCUAGUGGCAAUAUGGCCAUGGACACAAGCACAUCCAGCAAUGGGGGCAGCCCAUUACCCUCGUUCGAGGAAGUCAAACGCCGCACGGAUGUAGUGGCCCGACGCAUUAAGGAUUUGUUCGCCGCCAUGAAGGAUCUAUCGCAGCGGGAAGCAUUUGUACCGAGCGCAGAACGCAUCCGUCUAGCCGUGAUAGACCUGAUGGCGCUAUUUCCCGCCUCUCUCAUUGCCAGCGAAUCGUUGCGUGGUGCCCUACAGCAGCUUAACUUCCACGGCAACCUGAUCCAGGCGGAAUGUGCCCGACUGCAGCAAUGCUUAGCGGCAGACAGUGCAGCGGGUGGAGGCACGGUACCGAACGGUGGCCCAACCGGUACUGGUAAACCAUUGACCGAAAGUAUUCAGCAAAGCAUGGAGCAGGUGCGUGGUUGCGCAUACGAUCUUGCAAUGUCGACGAAAAUUCUCAUCACUCACCUGCAGCAGUCUUAG